CCCCCUCCUCUCCCCCACCCCCCUUACACAGACCUGACCCGUCUCUCGCCUGAGCCCCAACCUCUUCUCCAGUUUAUCAGGCUCCCACGCUCCACUGGGGCUUUCGGGAUGAGGAGGAUCAGGGCUAAUGCCAUUGCAAUCCUGACUGUAGCCUGGAUCCUGGGCACUUUCUAUUACUUAUGGCAGGACAACAAGCCUCAUUCAGCAGCAUCCAGCAAAUCCCCUAGCAGCAGCGGCAGAAAUGGGCAGAGAUCAGCUGCGAGGCUGGAGAGCCACAGGGAAGAUGGGACCAUCCCCCUCACUGUGACCAGAGUCCCCCAAGCAGAGAAGAGCAGCCUGAGGGGUUUGGAUGAAAAGGCUUACCUGUCCUCCAAGCUGCUGAAGGCCGGAGAAGACCCAUACCGACAACAUGCUUUUAACCAGAUGGAGAGCGACAAACUCAGCAGCGACCGGCCCAUUCGGGACACAAGACAUUACAGAUGUGCCUCCGUGCGCUAUGACGCAGACCUGCCAGCAACCAGCAUCAUCAUCACCUUUCACAACGAGGCUCGCUCCACCCUGCUCCGCACAGUGAAGAGUGUUAUGAACCGCACCCCUGCCAAUCUCAUUCAGGAGAUCAUUUUAGUGGAUGACUUCAGCUCAGAUCCUGAGGACUGCCAGCUCCUUACCAAGAUCCCAAAAGUCAAGUGUCUACGCAACAGUCGGCGAGAAGGGCUGAUUCGCUCUCGAGUGCGAGGGGCUGAGGUAGCGAUGGCUGAGGUUCUCACCUUCCUGGACAGUCACUGUGAGGUGAACAGUGAGUGGCUGCAGCCGAUGCUUCAGAGAGUGAAAGAGGAUUAUACCCGAGUGGUGAGUCCAAUCAUCGAUGUGAUCAGCCUGGAUAAUUUUGCCUACCUGGCAGCCUCAGCCGAUCUGAGGGGAGGGUUUGACUGGAGCCUUCACUUUAAGUGGGAGCAGAUCCCUAUAGAGCAGAAGAUGUCCAGAACGGACCCAACCCAGUCCAUAAGAACACCUGUCAUAGCGGGAGGCAUCUUUGUGAUCGAUAAGUCCUGGUUUAACCAUCUGGGAAAAUAUGACACUCAGAUGGACAUCUGGGGAGGAGAGAAUUUUGAGCUCUCCUUCCGAGUGUGGAUGUGUGGUGGCAGCUUGGAGAUUGUUCCCUGCAGUCGAGUCGGCCAUGUGUUCAGGAAACGCCACCCCUAUGACUUUCCAGAGGGCAAUGCACUGACCUAUAUCAAGAACACCAAACGCACAGCAGAGGUGUGGAUGGAUGAGUACAAACAAUACUACUACGAGGCCCGGCCUUCUGCCAUCGGGAAGUCAUUUGGAAGUAUUGCAGACCGCAUGGAGCAACGCAGGAAAUUAAACUGUAAAUCCUUCCAGUGGUACCUGGAGAAUGUCUACCCAGAGCUCAAGGUUCCUGAAAAGGAGCUGGUUCCUGGGAUUAUCAGACAAGGAGGACAUUGCUUGGAGUCUUGGGGCCAGGACACAGCAGGAAAUUCUGUGGCUGGUGUGGGAGGCUGCAAAGGGACAGUGAGCAAUCCCCCUGUCAGCCAGGAGUGGGUCUUCAGUGACCCUUUAAUUAGACAGCAGGACAAGUGUCUCUCCAUCACCUCCUUCUCCACCGGAUCUCAGAUCACACUGGAAGCAUGCAAUCAGAAAGAUGGCAGACAGAAAUGGAAGAUGAAAGGCAGUUUCAUUCAGCAUUUUGUCAGCGGCCUCUGCCUGGAAAACCAGUCCAGCAGGGUGGUGACCAACCCAUGCCAAUCGGAUAUACCCGGCCAACAGUGGGAGCUGCUACAAGCCACAUGAUGGUAGCCCGGAAACCUCUCUGUUUCUUUUUGCAUGAGACUUUGGGAAUGGAAGGGGUUAGGGUGGGGAGUAAAGGUUUAUUAUUUCUAACCCUAAUGUUUCGAUUGUGAUCAUCAGCAAGUCACCAUUUCAGCUGAACAUUCACUGCUUUUGAACUUUUAAGGAAGAAGUCAGGGGAGGGGAAAUAAGAAGUGGCACGGAAAUUGAUCCAUCCCUUUCUUCUCCGCUGUAACUGACAUCCUCAUACAACAGCAAUCAGAGGUAGGAGAGGGCACAACCCAAUAGCCCAAUAGAGCUCAGAGCGACAAGUCCUGACUAACCGCUCUCUCCUUUCUUUGCAUUGAAAUUUAUGAUCUUCAGUCCUGUGAAUUCCGUGUAACCAGUGCUCUUGACAACGCUUCUACAAACUCUUGGUGGCUCCUGGGCUGCACUGGCUUUCCUCUGUAACAUCUUGUGUUAUUUUUGUGUGUUGUCUCGAACUGCUGCAAUGAGGUUGCUUUGUGGGAAAUGUAACGUAACUAAUGCAUGGGUUGGGAGAUGGGCGGUGGAUCUUAGGGGCAGGGACUGUAUUGGGACAGGGCCUAGCACACUGGGGCAUCAUUCGUAGCUGGUCUGCAGGCACCGCCAUUGUACACAUCAUUUGUAAAAUGGAUGGGGAAUGGACAGAAGAGGGGAAAUGGACAGGGGAGCAAUGGGGGAAGGUUUGUAGUUGUGCAGUGUUCCACUGGAUCAUGUCAAAGUCAUUCCUUCCAGAGACUCUUUGUACAGCUUCCCAUUUCCUAUGGCAAAUAGCCAUGAUGGUCAGGAAGGCUUCUGUGGUGAGAUUUUAAAGAGGCCAAUACCAUUGCAGUAGGUGGUAAUCCAAACCCAACUCUCAUUAACAGGUCAGAUUGGUGUGCUUCAUAUGACUGAGUCCUAGGAUAGGAUGCAAGCUUAUUAUGAAAUGCCAGUAUCUGUAUAACAGCCCCUGCUCUUGUACCCUACACCCAGGGAACGGAUGAAAUAGCCAGGCUCUAGCCUGUGCAUGUCCUUCCUCCCUCAGUGUUAUUCUGCUAUGAGUUGACCUGACGUUCAGAAAAUGAUUGGCUAAACUCUGGGAUAUAGGAGGUUGCUGGAGGUUACUCUGAGACUGAUAGAUCUGAUGCUACAACUGCUAGGAAAUGUCCGUUAAGCCCCACCCUAAAGGCAUUCCAUGGCACUGCACUGACAGUGUGUGUUGGUGUAUUCUGUGAGGACAGGCCAAGCAAUGUUGGGAGGGAGGGGUUGGAGGGAACCUGUAUUGUUUCCUUCUGCCUUUCCUCGCUGGGAUGCACUAACAAAGAGAGAACGCAACCCCCUGGGUAAUUACCGUGUUCUAACUGUAGGUUAUGCCGAAGGAGCGCAGUGAAAUAGCAACCUGUGUGUGCGCAUGUGCUGCCCAUGUGAAUGCAGCCUGGGGUAACAGCUCUCCCUUUACUAACCUUCACCCUCUCUCAAAGACAGGCAGCUAAAAGAUUUGAGGAUUUUGCUGCUCUUCUUUCGUUAGCUCUUCCCAGCUGAGAAGACCAACUUUUUCACCCACCCACCUUCCCUUUUCUGAACCCAAUCCCCGUUCUAUUAGUGCUCACACUAAGGCAUUUCCUUGUGCUCUCUCUCACUUCUAAAUGGGGAUGCAUACACUCCAAGUGUUUGGUGACUCACACCCCAACCCUUUCCAUUUUCAUCCAUCAUGCAUAGGUGGAGAGAGAGCGCAAGAAUUCACCCCUCUGCUAUUGGCACAAAGGGGCUCUGCUCAUCACAAUCUGCCAUGCCUAACCCCUUCACUGCCAAACAAAGUGUGCUCAUAAAGGCCUCCAGUUCUUCUUUUACUUAACUGAAUAUGGUGCGGAAAGGCCUGGUACUGGGAAUACUUGUGUAUCCCAAGUUGUGAAGGAGUUAGCAGAGCUGAGCCUUUCCCUUCUUCAUCCAGGAGACCAAAUGUCUCCUAAAGAUAUAGCAUCAGGAUACAAAUCCGUAUAUUGAGAACAAUCUGUCUGUAUUAUAUACCUGAGGUUAUCAAAAUAGGGGAAACAUUAAAAAUUUAGUAGAUUUUUCUUACUUAUGCUGUUUGCUUUCUACAAAUAGAACAGCAUGUUUCACUUUCUCUUCCUAGCUAGUCCCUUUUUGUUUUCUGGGAACCCCCCAGUUGUGCAUCAUGUUUGAGUUCCCAGAGUUGCAGGAGGUGGGUUACAUCUGGGAAAAAAAAAAUUGUUUUAUUUGACAAACCUAUUAAACCCUUUGUAUUGCUGUUGGAUUUUGUAAUCCUCACAACCACCCCUAGAACCGGGAAAAUAUAGCAAAACAAUGAGUGUGUUUCUUUAAAUUCUAAACAGCUGUUUGCUUUGACCAUAUCUGUGUCUUCUUAUUAAUUCUCUAUUCACAAAUGAUUUAUUUGCACACUGUUUGGACAAUGGUAGCUCUUUGUACCUGUAUCUGCAUGUGAAUAAGAGUGCUCAUGUGAAAACAAGAGGAUUCAUCAUUUACUGUUAUUCUUCGGUUUAAAAAAAUAAGUUUGUCAUCCAGACAGGUGGCAGAAUCCAUACCUGAGCAGUAGAGUCUGAACUUUUGGGUUCUUUUCUGGCUCUGCCAAAGUGUGUGACUUUGAGCAAGUCACUUAAUAUCUCUACACUUCAGUUUCCCUAUUUUAAAAAUGGGGAAGAAAUACAGAACCUAUUUCAUAUGGGUGCCAUGUGAAUGAAUUCAUUAGUGUUCAUAAAGUGCUUUAAGAUUCUCAGAUGACAGGUGCUCAAGAGGUGCAAAGUAUUUAUCCUUCAUUAGCUUUUGUUUUGUUUUUCCAGCAUAUUGAAAACUGGAAGUCCUUGCUGGUUCAGGAUAACAUUCUUUGGCUGAUAUUUUAUUUCAGUGUAGCUAGCCAUCUUGGUAAUGUCCUUAGAUGAAUCUGGUGAGUGACAUGCGUGGCGAAUGAAAACUCAGGCGGCCAUUCCCUACUCCCAGACGGGGCAAGUUCCAUUUGGUGCUGCACUACCUGUAUGGGAGGAGGGAGUGCUGGGCGGAGUCCAGGUGUAGUGCUACCUUCUCCUCCUGUGUCCUGCAGAGAUGCUUCAGUGCCAUGCAAGUGCACAUCAGAAGGAUGAAGAAGAGCAAGGUCUUAGGGACAGAGAAAGAGAGAACGAAUACAGGGAGAAAGAGGAAGAGGCAGGGCCAUCCUUAGGAUUUAUGGGGCCCUAUGCUCCACUGAAGGUGGUCCCCAGCUGGUGCUGCUGACCCCAGUGUGUUGAGGGGGCACAGCCACCACCCCUGCCCACAGACCCCCCAGAAACCUCCUCCCCCGCCCUCCCAUUGCUGACACACACCGAGCUUCAUAUGCAGCAGACGCUGCGGCAGUGGCUCAAGGCAGGUUUCACGCGGUCAUGUGGGGGUUGCAUCUUGCCAUAGCCCACGGCUCUCCUGCAGCCCCUCACCAAUCCUGGCUCACCAGCUGCAUUUUGACAGGAAAUACCAAGCAGUAACAACAACAACAACACAAGUGUGUGUGUGUGUGCGCGCGUGACAGUGUGUGUGUGUAUGAGAGAGAGCCAGUGCGUGUGAGAGAAACAGUGUGUGUGACUGUGUGUUGGGGGACUGUGUGACAGAAUGUGUGUGUGGGCAGUGUGAGACUGUGUGUGUGAGAGAGAGAGAGAGUCUGUAUUGGGGGACUGUGACUCGUGAGAGGCAGAGUGUAUGUGGGUGUGAGAGCCAGUGUGUGUGUGUGUGUGUGUGUGUGUGUGUGUUAGGAAAGCUUUUCCUGUCCUGUCCCCAGCCCAGCCCCCACCAGAGACCAAGCGGCACAGGCAGGCAGGAUCCAGGGAGGGACUCCGCUCUGGGCAGCGGUGGGCUGCGCCGCUCUGAGCUCCCUGGGGCUGGGGUGGCAGAGCCGGAGGCUGAGAAGCGAGUGAGGGAGGGGGCAGGGAGAAGCCCACCGGCUCAGCGUGGGGGAGGGGCUGGAGAAGAGAGGAUUCCAGCCGCGGCCAGCAAGGGGAAUGGUGCCCCAAGUUUUUGAGUGCCCCAUGCAGCCGCAUAUGCCUAAGGAUGGCCCUGGGAAGAGGCCGCAUGGGGGGAGGAGGCAGAGAGAACAGAAGGAGAGGAAAUGAUAGCAAAUGAGAGGGGAAAACAAAGAGAGAGAGAGAGAGAGAGAGAAAACAUGGAACACACAGGCACUCUGAAAAAGAGAUAAAGUCCUUCGCAUCCCAUCCCAGUCACAGGCAGGAGGCGCUACUUCCACAACAGCCAGUGGGGAGCAGGAGGAAGGGCAGAGAAAUCUAACUUACCUGGCUGACAAAACUAAAAUGAAGAAAGAUUGAGAGGAAGAAGAGCAGGAAGUGGCUGGUAAUUUCUGUGUGUGUUCAAAUGCUUCCAGACUGUAGUUUUUUGUCAAAAUAUUUCCUAGGGGGACCCCCUGAGCUUCCCUAUUUUCCCACCCUGCAGGUUAAGAUUCCUUGCUAGCAGCUUAUUCACACCCCUGAGUGACAUAAGUUAUGCCAACAUAAGUGUUAGUCUGUCCAUAGCCUUACGUGUGAGAAAGAGAGAGAAGUGCUGUCUUCCUUGCAGUUCCCUUUUAAGAAUUUGUCUGGUAACUCCAUUGGGGGCUAAAGCCAGCUCUAACUUCACCUCCUCAAACAAAACAAUUGCAUAGGGUUCCUCUUUGUGAUGAGACCCUCUGAAGAAAUGUUGCUACUGGCUCUGGGUACUCAGCCCUGUGCAGGGCCGGCUCCAGGCACCAGCUUAACAAGCAGGUGCUUGGGGUGGCCAAGGGAGAGGGGCGGCACCUGCCGCAAUUCGGGGGCGGCAGGUCCCUCACUCCCGCUAGGAGCGAAGGACCUGCCGCUGAACUGCCGCCACCGAUUGCAGCUUUCCCCCCACCCCCAAUUGCCACCGCUGAUCGCGGCUUUUCCCCCCACCCCCCAAAUUGCCACCGCCGAUCGCGGCUUUUCCCCCCACCCCCCAAAUUGCCACCGCCGAUCGCGGCUUUUUUUUUUUUUUUUUUGCUUGGGGCAACAGAAAUACUGGAGCCAGCCCUGGCCCUGUGUAUAUGGAGCCUGCACAUUCUGAAUCAUCCAAGGUUGCUGUUUGACUAAAGGUCAGUCCUGGUUCAAGAGCUCCAUUUGCCAAUAAAUAUUCCAUGCAAAAAUCAACCCCAGGUAAUUUCCUCAUUGCCUGCUCUGGGUGUCAGGCCACGGAGUACCUGCAGCACUGCAUGCUAACAGAAGGCUGAAUUCCAAAACACAACCCCCUCACACAACUUUAGUGAUUUACUUUAGAAGUAAUCAAUAGUUUGCAGAUCUCCUGUUUGAUUUUCAUGAUCCUUGAUAAGGAACCAGCAGAGUGCUACUUCUUUCCCUUUCAGACGAACCAGCCAUCUUCCCAAAGCAGUUGAGGACUUCUCUAAAUCUGUUAUAAAUGUAUUCCCUGAUAGAUCUUACAUGAGGGAUAUGAUCAGCACCCUUUCCAUAAGGGUGCUGCUUCUGCUAGUCCAAUUCCAUUAGUGCCACAUCUUGAAGCCCUUUCUCAGUCAAAGCUCCCACUGAUUUCAAUGGGAGCUUUGGCUGGUAAAAACUGAGUAAAGACCUCACAGUUUGGCCCUCACUUUGUAAAAACAAACAAUCAGAACAAGUAGUGACUGGUUGUUGUUUUGCCUGUUGACUUUGGACAGACAUCUAGACUAUGAGGAAGAGCUUUCAGAUUAAUAGAAGAGAAUGUCCUUAAGAAAGCUCUUAUUAAAUCAGAUCAUCCAGUGUAAUUUCAUGUGUGGGGUGAUUAGAGUUUAUUUAACAGGAGCUGAAACCACAGCUGUACAGAAAUCAAUUUCAAAGGGUUUAUUUUCUUUCACUUGGUUAAAAAGUUUUCUUUGCCAAAUGUAGUUUUUGUGAAACACAGGUUUGUUUUUCCUUUUCUUAACCAAAGCAUGUGCCAGAACUUGUCUAUUUAAAUGCCUGGAAUAAAAUCCACUUUGAAACAAG